AUGUCUCAACAAACCCCAUUCCCCUUCCUCGCCCUACCCCCCGAACUCCGCACCAAAAUCCUUCUUCACACCCUGAACCACCCCAUGCCUAUUCCCCUCUCUUCCCCCUCCGCCACCUACCCACACGCCCUCCUCCUGGUGUCCUCCCAAAUACACACCGAAGCCCUAUCCCUCUAUUUCACCAGCAACACAUUUACCCUAACGCUGCACCGACACAAUGACGAUGCCCUAUCGCCAUUCCUGUGCUCACCGCAUAGGUUUCUUGUUCGGAGCUUGCGGGUUGUAAUACAGAGAUGGGGCGCAAACGAUUAUUUUGUCAAGACGUUUGGCCCGGUGCUUGAGGAUAUGAUACUUAGAGGGGGUUUAAGGAGGCUGUUGGUUGGGAUUAGGGAGAUGGAUGCUAGGGCGCUCGAGAGGGUUGGGCUGGGAAUAGAGAGGGAGAAUUGGAAUGUGCUUAGGACGUUACUGAGGGAUCCGGAUUUGGAUGAUGGGAAGUUGAUGAGUAUGGGCAGGGGAGAGGGAGGGUUUAAUAAUUGUGAUUGGUGGUGGAAGGAUUGA